AUGACGAGACUCGGUCCCUUGACCGCGCAGGCUCUGGGCCGCUCGCCUUACGACGAUGUGGUGGAUGGUGAAGGCGAAGACGACCCCCACGCACCCAUUCAGCAAUACGACAACCGCGGACGACCCGUCAAUCCCGAAACGAAACGAAUGAACCGCGAUAUGGUCCGCUCCCACAACGAGGUCAUGCAGGUCAUUGGCGUUGCUGAGCCAGAUAACACCCCCUCCUCCGCCGAGGUCGACUCGGUCCGGCGGUACUUCAACUACGAAGAUGCCGUUGGAACCCGACUUCUGCGGUUCGGGCGCGCACUGGAGAUCGCUGGCGUUUGGGGCAUCAACGGCAUGCGAUUGCGUAUCCUCCUAUACAAGCGCUACGCCGAUAUCUCCUUCUUUGAGCUUCUCCAACACGAAAGGAAGCAACGCUCAUUAUCAGGCGCUCUUCUGACCGGGCUGCCUACCUUCAUUGGUGGUCACGUCUUCAAGAUGGCCACCUACUGGUUCUACCCCUUCCCAAGGAAGAACCGCUACAUCAAUACGACCCUCUCGUACAUCCGCGUGCACCUGCAGCUUUACGUCUUCCUCCAAAGAUUAGACAUCAUCCCCUCCAGUAGUUGGUUUCCGCCGUUGAGCUUCUUCAUUCCAGGUUCACCCUCGUCGCCCGUCGCAGCCCCGGCACCACCCGACGACUUCAGCGCACAUUCGCUAGUGCAAUAUGCCGGCGCGUGGUGUGUGAAUGCUAUUCCGUUCGUGUCGUAUGUCAUCUGGGGUCAGAUCUGGACAGAGGUUACCGGCCAUCUGUGGCAAGAGUUUUAUGGGCGACUGCCAAACACGGUGCACCACCGCAAACCUACGCCGCCACCGCCGCCACCACCGGCGCCGAUCCCGGAGACUCCAGAGCCGGUGCCCGAUGUUGACCGAUCGCAGCCGGGCCCUCUCUCUGAGGUUGCGCAUGAAGAGAUCCCCGAGGACAGCCCCCCCGAAGCGGAACCCAUUGAACCCCUUGUGCAAGCGGCUCGUCGGCCCAGUGCAUUCUCAACCCGGGGAGAUGAUUACGGGAGCGACGACGAAGAGGAUGGAGGCGUUAGUGCGACUUUGAUCAGCUUCGACGUCGAAGCCACUGACUCGACCGACGCUCCCCCGGGACUAUGGUCUGCCGAACUGCGUCCGAGCACAGGCCCUGAAGGCUCUGGUCACGGUGCUUCUGUGCAGUACAUGGACACUAUGUUGACCAGACUGCCGGCGUGUCUGGCUUCUGACAUAUUCACUGUUAUCUCGGGGUAUAUCUUGGUUUCACCCUACGAAGCUGUCGCUCUACGUCUGGUCGCCCGGUCCUACCGUGAGCGAAUGGGGCUCCCCACCUUUGACAUCCACGACACCAAUAUCUUCAGCGGUAUGACAAUGAGAGGGGUCACCAAUUUCCUCGGGCUGGAGUUUAUGCACUUGGUGAUUGCGGGUGAGCUAUGGGCGCUUGUAACCGGCCUUGCCCAGUGGUUUCAUCUGACAGAGGAAGAGUGGAAGCUAUUUAACGAGAUUGAGGAGACGGAGGCGGCGGAGGAACGGAGGCGGCAGGCGCAGGCCUAA